AAUAUUUCCCAUAAUUCAUCACAGUCAUGGCUGACGAAGAAAAUCACAGAAUCACUGUUACAGUUAAAACGCCGAAAGAAAAACACGAUGUGGAAAUCAGUGAAGAUGCUGGUGUGGGAGAAUUUAAAGAACAAGUGAGUAAGAAGUUUUCUGCACCAUUAGAUCAGCUUUGUUUGAUCUUUGCGGGAAAGAUCCUAAAGGAUGGAGAUACUUUAGCUCAACAUGGAAUUAAGGAUGGCCUGACUGUGCACCUGGUGAUCAAGUCCUCUAACAGGUCUCAAGAACAAGCAGCACAGAGAGCUACAGCACCCACCACUACAGAGACUACACGGACACCAAGUUCAGGAGGAGACACCCCGAACCUUUCACAGACUCCCUUUGGACUGGGGGGUUUAGGGGGCCUGGCAGGACUUGGAAAUAUGGGAAUGGGUUCCCAUAAUUUCAUGGAGAUGCAACAAAAUAUGCAGCGAGAGCUGAUGGCUAAUCCUGACCUAAUGCGGCAGAUGAUGGAGAAUCCGUUUGUACAACAGCUUAUGUCUAAUCCCGAUGUCAUGAGACAGAUGAUUACCAGCAAUCCUCAGAUGAGGGAGCUGAUGGAGAGAAACCCGGAAAUUUCACAUAUGCUUAACAACCCUGAACUAAUGAGACAGACAAUGGAACUGGCCAGGAAUCCAGCCAUGCUCCAGGAACUGAUGAGAUCACAAGAUCGUGCCAUGAGUAAUUUAGAGAGUAUACCAGGGGGCUUCAAUGCUCUCCAGAGAAUGUACAGAGACGUGCAGGAGCCCAUGAUGGAUGCUGCCUUUGGGAACCAAAAUCCAUUUUCCUCUUUAGUUGGUCAAAAUAACUCUAAUUCCACCAACACGCUACAAGGCACAGAGAACAACCAGCCUCUCCCCAACCCCUGGGCCCCCGCUACGACCCAGAGUAGUUCCUCCCCCUCCACUACAAAUACUUCUACUGCUCCCCCCACAACAACAGCUUCAACACAAGAGAUGUUUGGUAGUCGGGGAAUGCAGAGCUUAAUGCAGCAGAUGGUGCAGAACCCCCAGCUGAUCGAGAACAUGAUGCAGGCGCCUUACAUGCAGGCCAUGCUUCAGUCAAUGUCGGCUAAUCCGGAGAUGGCAAACCAGAUCAUUGGAUCAAAUCCAAUGUUUGCUGGUAAUCCCCAACUUCAGCAGCAGGUAUUACAACAGCUUCCAAACAUGAUGCAGCAGUUACAGAACCCAGAUAUGCAGGCAUUACUAGCAAACCCUCAAGCAUUAAAUGCAAUAAUGCAGAUACAACAGGGAAUGAGCACACUACAACAGACUGCUCCAGCACUGUUUCCAGGAGUAUCCCCUGGAGUGGUGCCUGGGACGGGGGCACCAGCCACUAGUACCACGACAACAACAUCAACGCCGCCAGCCACCACAGACACUGAGAGUUCCUCCACAACUACUACCCCUGUGACGACCACCACAUCGUCAAGUGGCACCACCCCCACACCUACAGCAGCGGGAUCUACUCAGCCACAGAAUCCGGAACAACUAUCCAACCUCAUGGCUCACAUGAUGCAACUCAUGGCUGGUGGGAAUCAGAAUCAGCCCCCUGAACAGAGGUAUGCUGCACAGCUAGAUCAACUGGCCACCAUGGGGUUCGUAGAUAGGGAAGCAAACAUCAGAGCACUACAAGCCACUCUGGGAGACGUGAAUGCAGCCGUAGACCGACUGUUACAACAGCGAUGACAGAGCAGUGAAAUCACACGUUAUUUUUUAAAGAACAUCAUACUGACUUGAAAGCAUCCUGUUUGAAAUGAGAAGCAAGGCUUUUUCUCUGCAUGAAUUCAUCCUUGUUAAACAUAAGUUAUGGUUACAAAUUGACUUGAAAUUGAUUUUAUUUUAAUCUCAAAAAUGAUAUGCAUUAUUUUAUUGCUUUCUUUCAUUUAAGAUGAUGAAAUUCUAAAAUGUUAUGAUCCGUUAUAGUUGCUCAUGUUAUCACAGAUUGGACGCGGUCUGUAGUCAGAAUAUUACGUACAUAUAUACACAAAUAAAGAAUGAAACUGCAGUGUGUCUGAACUGUCAGUUACUGAGAGAAGAGUCUUUUCUCAAUGUCAUUCAUCCUCUAUAUAGUCAGGUCAUGCAUUACAACUAAAAUCAUUUACUAUAAUAUUCCCACAAUUAGUGCCAUGUGCAAAACACUUGGAGAGGAGAUGAGGGGGUAAGUCGGGGGAAGGUUUCAAACCGGUGUGGUGUGGUGGACAACUGAAGAUUGUAUUUCAAUGUACUUGUAAGGAAUAUACUGGGAAUGUUUGUAGACUGGCUAUACUAUGAAUUUUCAGUUUUACAGUAUGUUGUAACCUGUCUACAAGAUUCAGUAGUCUAUCUUGCAGGAACUCUUAAAAGGACUAAUUCACGAUUUUCCCCAAAAUUUUGUUUUUCACUUUUGAUCAAAAUAGAUGUUUGAUUUGUGACUGUGCAAAAAUUACAGAAUGAACAGCACAGAGUUACAAAUAUAGAGAUAAAAUAUUGUCCUUAUGUUAAUGUUUAACAUUAAAAAUGAGAAAAAAAAUUAUAAUGUGAACUAGUCCAUUUAAUUGUCAGCAGUUCAUGAAUAAAACUAGUCAUGAAGAAAGAAAGGUUUUCACAGGUAAAUUUCCAGGUGUUAAUUUGAUCUUAGGUAUUGCAAAAAUCAGACUGUAAUUAAUACCCAGUACCUAUGUCUUUGUUUACAUUGUUGACUAUGAACUGAGUUUGUUAACAUUAAGAAUGUACAGAAGAAAAAAUAAUGGUGUGAAACCCCUUGUUUCUUGUACAUGUGUUCUGAUAUCAUACAUGCUGUGUUGCAGACUUGAUAAUUGCUGUUGUACAGUGGAUGAAUAAAAUACAUAGCUGUAACAGAA